GUCCUGGACCGUCAAGGUCACACAGCGUGUUCGGUUGUACAAGCGAACGGCCUCACUCUUGCAUUACGAGCUCCAGCGCAUCUCGGUCCCGAUUACCUUAGAUGCCAGCCCAAACACAUUCACCUGUGGACAAUCCAUCUCUCAGCCGCGACCUCCAGGCGUCGAGACAGACGCCUGCGCUCGUGCACUCCCUCUACGAGCUCAAGAGCUCCGCGCUGAGCCUCGCCGUCGAUGAUCAUCACAUCUAUUGCGGUAGUCAGAAUCACGACAUCGCGGUGUGGAAUAAGGCUUCUUUCACCCUGAAGCACACCUUACAGGGGCAUACCGGGAGCGUGCUUGCGCUCGAGCUCGCCGAGGACAAGAACUGGCUCUUCUCCGCGUCGGGGGACAGUACUAUCCGUGUCUGGUCAACAACGACUUUGCUGCCAGUAUACGUCAUAUGCCCAUACCUGGAGACGGGCGCUGGCGACCUAUUCUCGCUUGCGUGGUCAUCGACAUUGCAGACGAUAUUCGUCGGCUGCCAGAAUACGUCUUUGCAGUGGUAUACCUUCACGUCUCGCUCGCUGAACUCCUCCAUUCCCAUUGCCUCAAAUUCGACAUCAUCACUUCACGAGCUGAAUCCGGGAAGUGGCACUUUGACGCCGGGCAGUCUCCAACGCAAGGCGCAUAAAUUCUUUGAUAGCUAUCCGCUUCACGAGCGACGCCCAGCCGAUAUUUUCGCGCACAACUCUGCAGCAGAAUUACCAGGGACGCCAGAUCCGUCAGCUCCCGCUCCAGGGAGUCCGGCACCAUAUGCCUACCUGCACAUACCGGCUAGCAAUGUUGUCGACUCUGCGCACUACGGGUACAUCUACUCUAUGGCGGCUAUCGAGGACGAGCAUGAGUCUGGAAUAAAACUGGUGACUGGCGCUGGAGAUGAGACGGUGAAGGUCUGGAACGUUGCGGAGGACAUCCAUACGCCUGAUCUACUCGGCGAGUUCAACUGUGGACAUGGCGCCGUCUACGCUAUCGUCACCACACGGGAUACCAUAUUUGCCGGCUGUCAAGACGGUUAUGUCAAGGUCCUCGACCUCGAAACCAACACCUCCGUCCGGAGUCUCCUAGUCGAAGAGGGCGUCGAUAUCCUCUCAAUGUCGAUGGUCGGCACCGAUCUUUACACGUGCUCAGCCGACGGGCAGGUCCGGCGGUGGUCCGCAUCGUUUGACUGCACGGCGUCAUGGCAUGCGCACGAUGGGAUCGUGCUGUCGUCCAUUAUCUGCGCGAGGAAUCAGUGGGCGCAACUCCUCACGGGCGGAAGCGAUCACUUUAUCAAGGUUUGGGAGAUUCCAGUGCCGGAAGCGACCGACGGAAGUUCAAAGAUUACGGGCGAAUGCCUACCGACAUCGUCGACCUGCAUGAGUACGGUGCAGUAUGCCCUGUCUAAGUUCGUGGCGUUCCCGAGUAUCAGUAGCGUGCCGAGUCAUCGCGAGGACUGCAGGCAGGCGGCAAUAUGGCUCAAGAAAUGCCUGAAUCAGCUGGGCGCCACCUCGAGCCUGUUACCCAACGGCGAAGGGAGAAAUCCUCUCGUGCUCGCUACCUUCAGCGGCGUGCAAAACGACAAGCCAAAACCUCGCAUCCUCUUUUACGGGCACUACGAUGUAAUCUCCGCGCCAAAGGAGGGCUGGGAAUCGCCGCCUUUUGUUCUGACCGGAAAGAAUGGCUACUUGUAUGGGCGAGGCGUGACGGACGACAAGGGUCCGAUAUUGGCAGUGGCAACGGCGGCAGCUGAGCUCCUUUCUCGACGAUCAUUGCACGCGGACAUCGUCUUCGUUAUUGAGGGCGAGGAAGAGAGCGGGAGUGGCGGAUUUGACGAAGCUGUGCGCAAGUAUCGGGCCCAGAUCGGCAAGAUCGAUGUUAUACUCGUCAGUAAUUCGACCUGGAUAGGAGAAGAAGAGCCAUGCAUUACAUAUGGCUUGCGAGGCGUUGUGCAUUGCGCUGUGGAGAUUACGAACUCGAUGCCCGACGUGCAUUCCGGCGUUGAGGGCGGCAGGGUGAAGGAGCCAAUGCUUGACAUGAUCAAGCUGCUCUCUACAUUAGUCGAGAAUGGCCAUGUUGCGAUACCUGGCUUCUACGAUAGCGUUCGCCCGGUGACAGAUGACGAGAAAGCACUAUAUGGUCUCUUGUCUUCCAUCACGAAGCAACCUGCCUCGUCCCUGAGCGCGCGCUGGCGCGACCCAUCGCUCACUAUCCACAACAUCGAGGUUUCUGGCCCAGGAAACGCCACCGUCAUCCCAAGUACCGUCCGCGCGCAGAUCUCCGUGCGCAUCGUCCCCGACCAGAAGAUGGAGGAUAUCGUCCAGUCUCUCCAGACCCAUCUCGAGAACGCGUUCACAAGUCUGCAGUCUCCGAACAAGCUGCAGGUCAAGAUCGAGCAUACGGCCGACUGGUGGCUGGGUAACCUCGAGGACCCGUAUUUCCAGGCGCUGGAGAACGCGGUGCGCGAGGAGUGGGGCACGGAGCCGUUACGGAUUAGAGAGGGAGGGUCAAUACCUUCGGUACCUUGGCUUGAAAAGGAGUUCGGCUGCCACGCACUGCAUUUCCCGAUGGGUCAGAGCACCGAUCAUGCACAUCUACCGAAUGAGCGCAUACGCCUGUCGAACCUCGCGCGCGGCAAGUCAGUGAUCAUGCGAUUCCUCACCGCCAUUGGUACGAGUUAAGGCCUUGCCGUCGUCUUGGAAGUACAAUUUACAGCCAGAAUCAACGCUACAUAUACAUCCGUGUUAUCUUAUGCUACAGUAAUAUUUAUGCCGCUAAUAGAGAAGGGCCGAUUUGCAUGAAGGAGAUGUGUUUAGAACGGUCGCGGUCAAUCGUCGACAUCGCUCAGAUCAGUGUCCGAGUCACUAGGCCCUAGCUCAUCACCAUAAUUGUAAUCGUAGUACUCCUUGCCACUAUACCCGCGGUAGUGAUUCUCCCAUCGCCCUUCGUAGUUCAUCACCUCGACGUUGACCUCGUUGAACGGGCUGUAGGGCACGGCGUCACCGACUGCAAGCGGGUCGUUGCGGUCCUCAUAACCCAUGCGCUCGAUGGCCCAUUGGCGGCGCUCGCGCUGCGCCCGGGUGGGUCUUUCGGCGGCGAAGGCUCCUUUGACUUCCUCCCAGCCAGAGACGCCGCCUGCGUCUUCGGCGGGUGG